AGUAAACCAUCAAGACUGUAUCUUUAACCACGGUGUUGGAAAGUAUUGAUUCGGUUGACGAAACUGGCACUUGGACGCGUCAAUUUAUGCGCGUAAACCCCCACGAGUACGUGUUGUGAGUUCAUGCGAAGAGACAGCAAUUAGAUUGCAUCUCUCGUGUCUGUGUCGUUUAGUGUAUCGGCAAUGACAGUUCGAGCGAAGCGGCCAUCCGUUGUUCGGAAUCAGAACAUAGGGGAGCAACAGCGGAGCGUCGACCCUCCUCCGGUGCCGCCGCCAGUGUUGGUCAGGAAUCAAACCGCGAGCCAGACACCACGCAAGAGGAUGAGGAAGGAGCCGGCAGCGGCAGCGACCACCGCAGCAGCAGCGCAGGUUAACGCUACUGCAACUAGCAACAACCCAGGAUACGGCUACUCAUCAGCGCCGAUGAUGAUGAGCUGUCCUCUCCAGCUUCCACCGAGGCCCCCUUCCCUCUCCACCGGCUUCAAACUCUUCGGAGAGCAAAACCAGCACCAGGUCUUCAACCACUUCAGCCCCCUUCCUCCAUCGUCAUCCCAAGACUUCGAAGAAAUCGCAGCUAUCGUUAAGAAAUACGAAGGAGAGGUCCAAGGAUUUCUCCGCGCUCAGGCAGAUCAAUUUCGUCGGACGCUGUUGGAGAAGUGGCGAAGGCACUGCCAGAUUCUCCUGUGCGCGGCGGAGGUGGAGGCGACUCGAAGGAUUCGGGAAAAGGAAGCGGAGGCAGAGCAGGCACUGCGACGGUGCGCGCAGCUCCGGGAGCAGCUCGCGCACGUGAAGGUGGAGUCCAUAGCGUGGCAGGCCAAAGCCCUGGAGGCCCAACACAACGCCAACAUCCUCCGCGCCCAGCUGGAGCGGGAGACGGCGACCCCGCCGGAGCGAACGGGCGAGAGCGCCGGAGAUGGCGGCUGCCUCGCCAUGGUCGAGGACGCCCAGUCGUCUAACGUCCCGUCCUGCACGGGAUCCCACGGUUCAUGCCGCGUGUGCCUGUGGCGGAGCACCACCGUGGCAGUGCUGCCCUGUGGUCACCUCUGCCUCUGCGCCGACUGCGCCGCCGCAGGCGUCGCCCCGGCGUGCCCUUCGUGCGGCCAACUCAGUAGCGGAAUUUUUCACGUCGUCUUCUGCUAAUCUCGCUGACGAAUUAAGUUACUGAGGAUAUACUAAUUUAUUGACGCAAAAGUAGCUGAAUAUGAGCUCGAUGACUUAUAUUA